GCUAGCCGGUAUUAUUUAUAAUCAGCCCAUCGCGCCGACUGACGGAUGAAUUGAGUGUGUUUUGUGUGAAACAACACCCUUUGUUUGGGGUAAAGAGAGCAUGAAGUGAAUCCCUCUUUCUUUUGAGUGCAUGAGAAACAUUUUUCUACUGGUCUACCAAGCAUAGGUCUAGAUCUAGAUCUUCUGUUCUCGGAGGAUUUAAUUUUGGUGCAACUGUACCCAGGGAUUGGAGUUGGAGGAUAGCGUUCCGUGGGCCAGCUGAGCGCUCGCGGCGUUGCUUAUAAGUGCGGCUCUGCUGAUAACAGUUUUCAUUUAAACAAAGUUAUCGUGCUGAAAUUGUUUAAACUGUGGUAUUUGUCUUUAAUAGUACUCUUGCUUUCUGGAAUCUAAGAGCUUAUAUUUUUUUGCAAUAUGUGUAAAACAGAGCCCCAAAAGAACAAGACUUUGCCUGUGUACAGCUGGGAAGAGAUUCAAAGACACGCAACUAAGGAUGACCGCUGGAUUGUCAUAAACGGGUAUGUCUACGACGUUUCCACUUGGAGCAAGAAACACCCUGGUGGGGAGAAACUGCUCGCCAACUGCGCUGGACAAGAUGCAACAGAUGCGUGGAUUGCUUUCCACAAUGACAAGAGAGCCGUGAGCAAAUACUUAGGUGCACUGAGGGUGGGCCUGCUGCGGCCCGAGGAAAAUAAAGAGUCGGAACUGAUUAAAGAUUUUCGAGACCUGAGGCGGACAGUGGAGGACAUGGGUUUGUUCAAAGCUAGCGUGCCUUUCUUUGGCUUCAUCAUGAUCCACAUUUUCCUCCUCGAGUUCUUGGGCUGGUUCACAGUCUAUCAGUUCGGGACCGGCUGGCUCACACUCUUCAUAGCGUCUUUGUUCUUGGUUUCCGCACAGGCUCAGGCAGGUUGGGCACAGCACGACUAUGGCCACCUCUCUGUGUUUAACAAUUCCACUGUCAAUCACUGGAUCCACAUUUUUCUGCUUAACUUCUUCAAGGGUGUGUCCUCUUCAUGGUGGAACUAUCGGCACUACUUGCACCACGCCAAACCCAACCGCAUCCGCAAGGACCCAGACAUCCGGCUGGCUCCGCUAUUCUUACUGGGAGACAAAAUUCCGGUGGAGUGGGGCAAAAAGAAGAAAGGUGGACUGCCUUACAACUGUCAACAUCAAUACUGGUUUCUCGUGAUGCCCCCUCUCCUUCUUCCACUUUACUUCAACUUUGAGGUGCCUUACUUCUUGUAUUCACGGAAACUCUACGGGGAAAUGUUUUGGAUGUUUGCCUUCUUUGUCCGCUACGUCUGUAUGUUCUACCCGUUCCUCGGAGUGAGUGGAGCUCUAGCUCUCUAUGUGUGGGUGCGGUUCCUCGAGUCCCACUGGUUCGUGUGGACCACCCAGAUGAACCACAUCCCGAUGGACGUCGACUACGACCAGGACUACGACUGGGUCACUGCCCAGCUCAAGGCCACUUGCAAUGUGGACCAGUCACUCUUCAACGACUGGUUCUCCGGACACCUCAACUUCCAGAUUGAGCACCAUCUGUUUCCCACAAUGCCGAGGAACAACCUGCACAGAGCCACGCCCCUGGUCAAGUCUCUGUGUCAGAAACACGAGCUGGACUAUCAGAGCAAGACUCUGUACAGAGCCAUGGCGGACAUCGUCGGAUGUCUGAAGGUUUCGGGAGAUAUGUGGUAUGAAGCUUACAAUAUGUGAUGCUGACUAGGUCAGCUCUGGAUACUUUGAUCUGUUGAGACGUUCAAGUCUGCAGAAAUAUUUGAGCCGAGUAUGUGCCACCUGUAUCUGACAAACGUUCAUUUUGCUACACAUGUUUUUGAAGUACUAGAGCAUCAAAUGAAUGACCAGUUGGACUUUAAAACCUUGAAGGCCAUUAUCUUUGGGUAGAAAUUGAAGUAAAAGCGUAUUGUAAAUGGUUUCUUUGAAUUUGGUGCUCUUAUAUAUAUUUGAGUUGAAUAAGGGCUGUGUGCAAAGCAUUUGUCCAUCCUUUUGAAUCCGUUUUCUAACUUUUUCUAAAUUUUACCUGUCAAUUGCUCUCAUGUCUGUUGUCUUUUUCAGUUUACACCCGCUUUUCUUGAUACGUUCUUUAGACUAAAUAAGGUUAGGAAACUGGAAAAAAUUUUGAAAACAAUGACAUGUUGGACAUUAUGAACCAUCGAGUCACAUGGUUUUAAAGAACUUCUGAGAUGUACAUUUGAAAUGUACAAAGUCUUUUUUCUGUUCUGUUUGUGUUUCUUGGACAGCUGAAAGUAAGAUCUGUUUACUUCUGUUGUUUAAUCUCAGGAGUAUAACUUCUGCAAGCUGUUCAACUGUUUAGUUUGAAGUCCAGAAAGAAGAAGUAUUUAGGAGGGAGAGAAAAUUGUUUCAUUCCUUUAAAAAUUGUUCUCAAAUUGUUUGUUUUCCUGCUUUUUUCCAGUAGACUAAUAUUUAGAUUUUGAAUUUUGGCGAAAUAUUUUUUAAACACAUGCAACUGAUUCCACAGAUUAAGAAACUGCAAUAAAACUAAUUUGGAAGAAUUUUGGGGUUAGUAUGAAAAUCUGGCACAGGAUAAUUGAUAAUUAUUAAUUCAUUAGAAAUAGUUGUUUUAACUUCGCAAACUAAGUAUUAUUUUCAGGGAAAUAAAAGGGCUUUCAUUUGUCAGUAAGUAUUGGUUUAAAAAAAAAAUCACAAUGAACCUGUUCCUCACAGGCCACUCAAAUAAUUUAAUGUUUUGUAAAUAUAUCUUCCUUCCGGCUGUUUUGUUUUCUAAACUUUAUUUUGGCAUGGAAUGCAUUUGUAGAUACUGUAUUGUUUGGAUCAUAUUUGAAUUGCUGGAAUGCUGCAAAUUUUAAGUUUUCAACAAACAAAUGUUAUGUAUUGAGUGGCUAAAUAAACAUGUUCCCAUUAUGUCAGUGCUGGAAAAAGUUUGUGGGAUUUAAUAGAUAAAAAUGACCAGAUUAAUCAUCUGCUACUAGAAGAUACUGACAGUUUGUUAGUUUGAUCUUAAGAUGUAUAAAGUAUAAGUUAUUCUAAAGGGAGACCUUUGAGAAAAUACUCUUGUUGUUUCCUUUGUAAAUUGUGGGUAUUUUAUGUUAUUGUUUUAUUGUGAUUUCUACUAUUUGUCCAUUCCCUAUGAUUUUUGUCUAGUGCUGAUGUAUUUGUAGUGCACGUACUUUACUUUUCCAAUCCAGUGGCCAUCUGAAUUUGAGCCUUUCGGCCUGUCGAUAUGGCAAAGAAUUUACUACAGGUUUUUAUCAACUGUGUUUUGUUGCUUUAUAGAGUAUAUUUUUUUAUAUCUGGGGAAGCAGGUAGGUAGGUAGGUAGGUACCAUGCAAGUCGCCAAGUGCAGGGCAGGUAAAGUUCUGAUGUAUUCAUCGUGUACCGACACAAGGCUUUGAUGUUUGUGGUUCUUACGUCCCACAUUAGAGAUUAGUGGACCUGUCCUUGUUAAAGCUUGCAGGGGGGGGGAAAUUGGUUUCAUUUUUCUGUUAUAUGAUGAUGAUAA